GCAGUUUCCUCACUUAGUGCAGCUUUCCAUUCGAAGCUUGACGACACCACCGGACGUCUAAGAGGUUUUCAGGACCUUGUCUGGUAAUUGCGAUGUCGUCUACUCAAGAAAUUGGUGCGCCUUUCACUAUUGCAUCAUUACCACAUCCCAUCAAUGCAGUUGGGCGCACACAGGCUGCCUGCGUCUUCAGCAUCAAUGGAACCAAAAAGAGGAAGAGGACUGAAGUAGUCGUCGGAGUUGACGGAGAAGGGAUUCUGGUAUACAGCGUUCAAAAUCCACAACUAGUCACGUCCUACGCACUACCCCCUCAGACUUCUUUCGCAAGUGCGCCUCACUCGCUUUAUAGGCGGAGAAGUUCAAAAGGGCCAGCCUAUCGGCAUACAUAUGCGGCGAUAUCGCAACCGGCCUCGACAGAUUCUCAGCUUCUAUGCUUCGCCGAAUCCACACAGAAGGAUGGGACUUCAGACACGGUGAAGACAACAUUCGUUCUCUCGGACAAAGUAGUGGCUAUCGAUUCAUACACCGUGUCUGAUGGAUCGCACGAUGUCAUUGUGGUUCUCCAGAAUGGGCGCAUUCAAUGUCUCAGCGCCAAUCUUGAGGAACAGAGAUGGGAAUCUAAUGUGCAGUCUUUGCUGCCACCGUUCGGGGAUGCUCUGGAGAUUGAAUAUGUUGCUUGCACAACUGGGAAGGCUGCCAUCGACGGUCUAUUGAAGAAUAGGGAGGAUAUUGCUGUUAUUUUGGACUCAUCGCUUGCUGGAGACGCGGAAAUCUUGGACUUAACCCCCGUUCUUUGCAUCAUCUUCCGACGCUCUAAUCACCAAAGAUCACUCGGGAUCUUCCAGUUGCAACCGCGAUCGCCAGAUAGCAUCAGCAAUCAGCUCAGCCCGGUAAAGCAGCUUUUGACAUGGACGUUAGCACCUCACUCAUCCUCAUCUGUCAAAGACACUGCCGUGCGACACUACGCGCUUCAUGCUUCCAGCGGUGUACUUCAUGAACUGGCCGGCAGCCAGCUCAUCUCAUACGAUCUGACAAGCACAACUCCCAGGAUUUACUCAAGCUUCCAAGCCCCCGACGCAGGUAUGGAUACUCUCUUGCGCAUUUCCACGGACCUGGUUUUUGCAGCUUCGGGGAAGACAUGUGGGUUAUUUGAUGUCAAAUACAGCUCUGUGCAGGCGCUGCAUACCUUUGAGCACGGGAACGCCAUCCUUCCAGAAUCCAAGAAAAGGAAGCAAUCAGAACCCAAGCCGGCAGACAAGGACGAAGUGUCACCAACACUGGUCACUUAUUUCAGCGAGCUUAAGCUUGUAGUCAGCAUCUGCAAACAUGACCUAGUCGGAACUCCACUCAGCGGCACAAUUGCCCGUAAAAGGCCAAGGACAACCGGCUCUCUUCUUAUUGAUUCGAUUGGAAAAGGCAUCGGUCAUGUGUAUUCUGAGAAAGAGAUGUCUGAAUGGAAGAAAAGGGCACAAAAGCUGAGCAAACAAGCUUCGAAAGGAAACGUUGCCGAUUUUGAAGAGUCCUUUGCGCAGGACCUGGACAUCCCCCUCUCCUUCGAUGCCUCACACAAUGCUAUCGAAUCAUCAAACGGCGUGGCUGAUGACUCCAGUGCCAUUGAUAUGGACGGGGAAGGUGAUACAAAGGAGAAAGCACUGCGAAAAUGGCAAUUACCGGCCGUUGUGACUGAAUCUCAACGGUAUCGCCACCGACCCAAGGCCCUCUUUGCUCUCAGUAGAAUUUUCCAGUUCACGGAACCCGCUACGGAAAGUCCUGGCCAAGGAUCACUUAAAAUCGUCUUCUUCCCACCAAACGUAUUCCAAUGGCUUCUUCUAUCGGGAUUCGUCACCAAAGAAUCCAUUCGUCGCGCUCUUCUAGAGUAUGGCAAGAAACAGCAAGGGUUGACCAUUGAUGUCUUGGACGGCGAUAUCGUAAAAUCCAUUAUCAAGUUCGAUCCUGAACUUCAUAUCCUGUCCGCUGUCCUAAAUCACAGUCAUUUCCUUCCUGUAGGCGAAGUAGUGCACGCGAUUGGCGCGCUCAUCCACAGCCUGGACGAACGCCCUGACACAGAAGGCCUUCCAAGGUUACUUACCAAUGGCCAUGUGCGCAACGGCGCUGAAAAUGACGAUAUGGAUGUCGAUCUGGAUUCAGAAAUCGAAGCCGCUGCACACGAUCUCGACCAUGCCCUGUCUAUGUUGGACAAUGGUCUUCUCGUACGCAGCCAUACUCUUCGCCCAGCACUUAUUCGACUUCAUACCUUCCCAGUACCUGUCGUCAGCUCCGCUCUUCGAUCCAACAUGUCUCGCCAAGCUCUCAAAUCAUUGAUCAAGCUUCUUCACUCUGAGUUGCGCAACGGAGGCUGGACAUCAUCGUACGAUUUUGUUGAGUCAGGAACAGUUCCUGGCGCCGAAGACCCAGAAAACCAAGCCGUCGCUAUCAUUGCCUCAUUAUUAAGCUGUGCGCUGGAUGCUGUCGGUACUAGCGCUUGGCUUUCAUUCGGUGCAUCCGAUUCACAGGAUGCAGAGGACGAGACCAUCGAAGAACUUCUUUUCGACACAUCUGCGGCUCUUAAUGGGUUCUGGGAAGCAAGGUUUAUGCGAGGCCUUUUGAGCGAAUUCUUGCGCUACGCAUCAAAUUCUGCUCAGAGUCAAAAGCCCACGAGCCAGAGGUUGCAGAAACAAGGUAAACCGUUUAUGGCGAACGCGACGAAAGACGGUGAAUUGCCCAUGCUUCCCCUUGGUGGCAAGCCAGACAUGGGCAUUGAGAAGAAGAAGACAGGCAAGGGAGGAAAGAAGGAGGAGAGAAGCGCUCGUGAGAUGGGUAUGUUGAUAAGUAAACGGGUUCCCAAGUACAGCUUCGAGCGCAUCGUAUUGUAGACCUUUCCGUUCCCGUAAAUAGUAGUAGCAUUCUUGCAUAUGAGAUAC